AUGGAAUCCACACCACCGCCGACUUCGGCGGCCGGCGCCUCGUCCUCUUCGCCGAAUGCCGGAAGGUUCGCGGACAGGGCCACUGAGAGCCUGUACCAGAGCUACAACGCCAAGCAGAAGCGCGCGGCUUUCGCUUGUUACGUGUCUGCGUCCAUGCUGUUCGACGUGUACUGCCUGUCCGUGUACGACGCCCGGUCUCCGUGGACGUGGUGCCUGCUGGCCGCCAACGUGGGCACGCUGCUGUGGUGCAGGCUGGCCGGCGGCCGGCGCCGGUACUGGACGUUCGUGGCCCACCUGGCCUGGCUCACGGCCAACGUCCAGGUCGUGUUCCACAUGGUGGCCAACGCGGCCGAGGGGGCAGACCUGCUCGGAUGGAUACUGCUCUACGAUUACCUGGCCUACGUGUCCCUGCCGCUCACUCUGGCCCUGUGCAUAGUCCUCAGCGCCACCACGUGCCUCACCUACGUGGUCACCAUGGCCGUGCUGGGCCGUCACCACGCGUACCUCGCCCGACAGUUGGCCACGAACAGCGUUCUCCUUUUGGCGUCCAAUUGUUUGGGACUUUUGUCCUAUUUCCUGGCCGACAAGCAGCAGAGGACCGCUUUUCUGGAAACCCGGCAAUGUCUCGAGAUGAAAAUGGUCAUAGAAGAACAAUCGACCGAGCAGGAACGGCUGUUGUUGUCCGUGUUACCGGAACACGUAGCCGUCAAAAUGCGCCAGGAUUUGGGUGAGGCAUUGGAUAGUCAAUUCAAAAAGAUAUACAUGAGUCGACACGAAAACGUUAGUAUAUUGUAUGCCGACAUCGUUGGAUUCACGGCAAUAUCGUCAACAUACUCAGCGUCCGACUUGGUGAAAAUUCUCAAUGAGCUGUUCGCCAGAUUCGAUCGACUGUCCGAGAAAUACCAACAACUCAGGAUCAAGAUUUUGGGCGAUUGUUACUAUUGUAUUAGCGGCGCUCCCCAAGAACGACCCGACCACGCUGUGCUCAGCGUCCACAUGGGACUAUCCAUGGUCAAAGCUAUCAAAUACGUACAACAGACGACCAACUCGCCGGUGGACAUGAGGGUGGGCAUACACACGGGAGCCGUCUUAGCCGGUGUCCUGGGUCAGAGGCAGUGGCAGUUUGACGUUUACUCCAAGGAUGUGGAAUUGGCGAAUAAAAUGGAAAGUAGCGGAAUGCCGGGACGAGUGCACAUAUCUGAAAAAACGUUGAGUUUCUUAAAUGGAGAGUUCGAGGUCGAGCCAGGCUACGGAGAACGGCGCGAAGAAGCUCUAAAGAUGGCCAGCAUAAAAACUUUCUUUAUCAUAAAAACGAUCAAACCGUUCAAAAUGGAAGUGCAAAACGGAUCGUUGACCGAUCAGCACAGUGCAAGCAAAGAAUCUGUGUGCGCGACACCGAUUGACGACGCCGAUUUAAUAGCUCAGGCCAAAGAGGACUCCGAUAACUUUAAGAAGCGAUUGAGAAAGGAUUUGAUGAACAGAGAUGGCCACAGGGAUUUAAACAAGCAUACAAAAUUUUUCACUUUGGCAUUUAACGAUGAAGCAAAAGAACGCGAAUACAAAUACCACAAGGAAGCUGCAUCUGGUGUGUCUCUUAUAGGUUGUCCGUUAGUACUGUUCUUAACGUCUUCCGCACAAAUUAUUAUGUUGCCCAGAGAUAUUUUAAGCUACAUGUCCAGUUGUCUUGCAUUAGUAUUACUAUUGAUUAUUGUAGUAGUAUCAGUCGCAGACAUUUUCCCAAGAAUUCUGCCAUCAAAAAUCGUAUGGUUCAGUGAGACCAUAAAUGACUCUUUAUGGAUUCGACGUAUACUUGGCAUCACUGCCGCAUCAUUGCUAGCGUCUACCAAUCUCGUGGGACUUGUAUCGUGUUGGUCAGAAAAACAAAUACUAACCAACUGCACGCAUGGCCAAAGCGAUCCAUCGACUUAUUGUAUGUAUCCAUCAUACUUCACUUACUUCAUGGUGUUGGCGCUAAUUGCCACGUCCAUGUUGACUCAAUUGUCUCAUUUCACCAAAGCAACUAUACUGUUCGUCAUCACUCUGAUGCAUUGCGUUGUCAACGUAGUUACAGUAGGCACUGCUAUUGACUGCGAAGACUCAAUCAUUUACAAACCGUUCAAAGUUUUGCCAUCGAAGUAUGCGUUGUCGUUUCUACUCAUAGCAGUCACAAUGGCCCUGGUGUUUUUGGCUAGAAAUAUGGACAAAUCGUCGAGAGUUCUAUAUCUGUGGCGAACGGAAGUCGAAGAACAGAGGGAAAGGGCUUCAGACAUACGAAGGAGAAAUGAAGCAUUGGUGUACAACAUUUUACCUCCUCACGUAGCCAAACAUUUCUUAGGUAGUUACAAACGUCAGCACGAAGAACUAUACAGUCAGAGUUAUGCCGAAGUUGGAGUUUUGUUCGCAUCUAUGCCAAACUUUUCAGAUUUCUAUUCGGAGGAGACGGUUAACAAUCAAGGCCUCGAGUGCUUAAGAUUUCUCAACGAAGUUAUAUCUGAUUUUGAUGCGCUUCUGGAACAACCUCGCUACCAGGAUAUUAUUAAGAUUAAAACAAUCGGUUCAACUUAUAUGGCUGCAAGUGGACUAAACCCUUCGCGUGUCGUGAAGCCUGAAGAUCCAAUUGAAGUUAGAUGGGCACACCUCGCAUUGCUGGUGGACUUUGCUUUCGAUCUCAAAAAAGCACUUCAGGGGAUAAAUGAACAAAGCUUUAACCACUUUGUAUUGAAAAUGGGAAUCAAUCAUGGUCCGAUAACCGCCGGAGUUAUUGGUGCGAGAAAACCUCAUUACGAUAUUUGGGGAAAUUCUGUGAAUGUGGCGUCAAGGAUGGAGAGCACUGGAAAGGCUGGAUGCAUACAAGUGACCGAAGAAACGUGUAAUAUUCUGCAACAUUUCGGGUUCAAGUUCGAACAGCGUGGCCUAGUGGCGGUCAAGGGCAAGGGGCAGCUGAUGACCUAUUACUUGGUGGGCAAAGGGCUCCAACCCAGCCAGGUGCCGCCGCCGAUCAUGGAGACGCUGCCGGAAGUGGAGGAAGAAGACACGGACGAUAGCAUGGUGGUCAGGCAGGCGCUGUUGCCUCGGACCGAUCACAAUGGGUCGGCCACCGCUUCCGGUUGA